GCAGCACAAACCAGACCUUCCAUGCUCAUGGGAUGAGAGAGAAGGAGGGGCAGGGUUAGAGAGAGAAAGGGUUUUUUUGGGGUUUAAGAAGAAGAAGAAGCAGCAGCAGCAGCAAUAGGUCUACCAACUGGUAGUUUGGGAUUGAGCCUCUUAACCAAACACGCCCUUACCGAUCAAGAACAAUAUCAAGAACAAGAUCAAGAACAAGAACAAGAACACCAAGAACAAGAACAAGAACAGCUAGGCAUUUGAUUUCUUUCAGGUGGGUUUCUAGAAAAGCAGCCGUAGCCACAAAAGGGGAGGGCUCUUUUCUUUUUGGGAGUGCAAGAAAAAGAAGAGAAGGAGAAAUAAAGAGGAAAUUAAAGGCAUCGUUUAGAGAGACCGAAAGAAACCAAAGGAAAUAGAAAUUGGGUUUUACUCUCACGUGGGAAUUUGAUGCAAAUUUUAGAUAAGAAUCGUAUGGUUUUAAAUUAUUUCUUUAAGAUCCUUUGAUUUCUUUGUGUUUUAUUGUGUAUAGUUCCUUCUUGUUCUGUUUAUCUUUCUGGGGUUUGCAGAAAUUCCCAUGAACACUUAGAUUUAGUGUUGUGUUGGUAUUUGGGAUUCUUGGGUUCCGCCGAUCGGGUGCUGUUUUCCACCUUUUUGGUUCCCUCCGACACCCACAGCCGUCUCGGAUUUCAGGGUGACAGCGUAGAAGCAGAAGAAUUCUGAAUUGAGAGGAAAAAUCUAUGGCUACUUACUACUCGAGUUCGAAUAACGAAAGGGAUACUACUCCAAUCCUCUAUUCAAGGGGAGCUUUGCUCGGUUCGUAUGAAGAAACAGCAGUUCUUCCACGGAAUAUGAUGAUGAAUGCAAAUUCUGGGACGUUCAUGGAUUCAUUGUCUUCACAGGCGCAAAAUGGUUGUAGUUCAAUAACGCCCGUUGGAGCGGUUGGAGCUGCUCAACAGCAGCAGGAGUUCUUAUCGAAUCUUGGUGGUUCGCGAAUUUCUGACCAUGAUUUCAAUACAUGGAGAGAGGAUCGGAGUGAAAUGCUUGGUACGAAUUCGAUGUGUGUUUCGACCAAUGUUGUUCGUGGUGGGCAGAAUUUGCAGGGUCAGGGGUUGUCCCUUACUCUGAGUACACAAAUCCCAUCUGGAAUCCAAAUGGCUUCAAUCCCCUACAGAGACUCGGAUGUCGGUUUAGCUUCAUUCCUGAGGCCUAAUCCGACUAGCUCGGGUGAGGAUAGCUGCAGAAAUGGCGCUUCUCGAGAUGAACAAUUGAGAAAUGGAGAAAACUUGGCCAAGGGUGAAUUAGCUCCUUACAGCAUGUCUAGUAUUGCAAGAACUAUGCCUAAUUCAAAGUACCUUAAGGCAGCACAGCAACUGCUUGAUGAAGUUGUUAAUGUCAGGAAAGCUUUGAAGCGACCGAAUAAUGAGAGAGACCCGAGUUCUCACGAGCAUGAAACUGGAACUGCCGAGAAUGGCGAUGCAGGAACUAAAAACGACACGUCGAUGCAAACUGCAAGUGGAGUGUCUUCAAAACCUCAAGAAACUGGGAGCAAUUCAACAUGUGAGCUCUCACAUACUGAAAAGCAAGAUUUGCAGAACAAGUUGACAAAGCUUUUAUACAUGUUGGAUGAGGUUGAUAGAAGGUACAAUCAGUAUUAUCAUCAGAUGCAGAUAGUAGUAUCAUCAUUUGAUGUGAUUGCUGGAUGUGGGGCAUCUAAGCCAUAUACUGCACUUGCACUCCAGACUAUAUCCCGUCAUUUUCGGUGCUUGCGGGAUGCCAUAGCUGGUCAAGUCAGAGCUACUCGUAAAAGCCUAGGAGAGCACGAGAAUUCUGGAAACGACAAAGGAGUUGGAAUCACUCGUCUUCGAUACGUGGACCAGCAGUUAAGGCAACAGAGAGCUCUUCAGCAGCUUGGCAUGAUACAGCAGCAUGCAUGGAGGCCUCAAAGAGGGUUGCCUGAGAACUCUGUUUCGAUUCUCCGUGCUUGGCUGUUCGAGCAUUUCCUUCAUCCGUAUCCAAAGGAUUCUGAUAAGAUCAUGCUUGCGAGGCAGACGGGUUUGACUAGAAGUCAGGUCUCUAAUUGGUUUAUCAAUGCGCGUGUACGUCUUUGGAAACCUAUGGUAGAGGAGAUGUACAAGGAAGAAAUAGGCAGUGUGGACAUGGACUCUAUAUCAUCAUCUGAAAAUGCUAGCAAGGGAACAAAAGGAGAUAACAAGACCUUCGAGGAUGAUAAAGAGGAGGAUCUGCAACAAAGUGCAAGUUCAACAGCGACCGAAAGAUGUAGCACUGGAGAUAUUGUCGACUUAAAAUCAGACCAAGUCUCUAAUCUCGCAAACUCGGGUUCCAACAGACUAGCUAGUUUCCAAAAUGGUGCUCACAUCGAAGCCGAAAACGAGCUGAUAAAGCCGAAUGAGGAGCUAAGGUCUAAUGUAAAUAACUCUAAUUUCUUUCCUGAUGCAAUUGUCCAGUCUCAGGGAGAGAGUGACAGGUUUAUGGCUGCUGCUGCUGCCGCCUAUCACAUGUCUGAAUUGGGAAGGUUCGGGACGGUUGGCGGGGUAUCACUUACGCUGGGUUUGCAGCAUUGUGAGGGUGGUGGUGGCAUACCUAUGCCUGCUGGGACACACCAUGGUUUUGCAGCCAUGAGAGGAGACGAUAUGUACAACGCUGCUUCUGCAGCGUCUUCUCUCGGGGAAACGGUGCAUUUCGAAUGCGUAAAUGCUGCUGGGAAUCCGCAACUGAGGUUCGGCCCUUCCCAUCUUUAUCACGAUUUUGUUGUGUAAAAGUUAAACUGUACAAGAUUUGCUUAUCAGAAUCAUAUACUAAAUGAUAUGAACACCAUUGGGAGGAGCAAAGGAACAUGGAUUCUUCUUGUCUGGUUUCUUGUCCUCCAUAUAUAUAUAUAUAUAUAUAUUUGUAAUAUAUCAUGUAGUUGAUUGGAAGGUUAGCUGUAUUGUUCUUCUCUGGUUGGUUUA